AUGGACUUCGUCAACAAGCUCGCAAGCAAGGCCACUGGUGGCAGCAGUGGAAGCUCUGGUGCUGGUGGUGACAAGAACAACGAGAACAUCAACAAGGGCAUCGACUUCGCUCAGGGCCAGUUCAUCAAGAGCGGCCAGGGCAACAACGACAACAUCAACAAGGGUAUCGACUUUGCUCAGAAGUCCUUCUUGGGCAACAAGGACAAGCCAGUUGAGGAGAAGAAAUAG